UAAUUGAAAUCAAUAGAUGAAUUCACCAGUUCACAGUUCCCUUGCAAGUCUUGGGUAGUGUCAUUUACUGUCACAGUUUGUGGGUUAUAAGUCUGUCUAGACUUUUCUUCGUAAAAUAAUAUAUUGUCGCCGUUUUAGUAUCCGAUCUUCAAAUUUGGUUUAUUAAUUGUGCGCAAAUCAAUUUUCAAGCUAUCCUGUUGUGAAAAUGAGUCAUCAGUAGUUACUAUAGAUCACUUUCGCUAGGACUCUCGGUGCGUGAAAAUCGAUAAGUUGUAUUUCUAUUAGGUUAGUUUUUGUUCAACAGUUGAUCGUUUUUCGGAUUAUUUUGCUUUAACUGAUCACUUCUAAUUACAAAUUCACCUUCCAGACUUGUUUCAGAAGCUCUCUCACGUCAAUAGAAGCAGCGCAAGACAAUAACAUAAAUUCAAAAUGGCGUUCGCUGGGCUGAAAAAACAGAUCAACAAAUGCAAUCAGUAUAUGACAGAGAAGAUGGGUGGCGCUGAAGGCACCAAACUGGAUGUCGAUUUCGUUGACAUGGAAAGAAAAACAGACGUCACCUAUGAGCUGGUGGAUGAACUGCAGCUGAAGACAAAGGAGUUCCUGCAGCCGAACCCGACAGCGCGAGCCAAGAUGGCCGCCGUAAAGGGCAUCUCGAAGCUGAGUGGCCAGGCCAAGGCCUCCACCUACCCGCAGCCCGAGGGACUUCUCGGCGACUGCCUCUCCAUGUACGGCAAGAAGCUCGGAGACGACAGCAUGUUCGGCCAAGCAAUGCUGGAGUUUGGGGAAGGGCUGAAACAGAUGGCGGAUGUCAAGUAUGCCUUGGAUGAUAGCACGAAACAGAACUUCCUCGAGCCUCUGCAUCAUCUGCAGACCAAGGACCUCAAAGAAGUCAUGCAUCACCGAAAGAAAUUGCAGGGACGUCGUCUAGAUUUUGACUGCAAGCGGCGACGUCAAGCAAAAGAUGAUGAGAUACGUCAGGCUGAGGAGAAAUUUGCAGAAUCCCUCCAUCUUGCUCAGAUGGGAAUGUUCAAUCUACUCGAAAAUGACGUUGAGCAGGUAUCUCAGCUUGUGACUUUUGCUGAAGCGCUUCUGGAAUAUCACCAGCAGUGCACAGAGAUCAUGAAAACUGUAGUUGAAAAUCUACAAGAAAAAUGCAGCGAAGCAGCCAACCGGCCCAAAGUUGAAUUUGUGCCGAAGACGUUGGCAGACCUGCACGUGGAGGGAAUUUCGGAGGGCAUGAAUGGAGGCUCUCAGCCAUCUUCGCCUGUUCACUCCAAGCCAAAUCAGCUCGAUUUGGCUGGAGCUGGAAGGCCAAAUUCUUCUUUGUCGCAGAAUGCUUCUCCAUUGCCAUCUCCAGUUAAAAGUUCUCCAGCUAGAACUCCGAUGAAUGCGGGAGGAAAGUCGCCAUGUUGCACAGCCCUGUACGAUUUCGAACCGGAGAACCCUGGAGAACUUGGAUUUAAAGAAGGUGAUACAAUUCUGCUGACUCAGGCUGUCGACGAGAACUGGUUCGAAGGCAGCCUCAACGGACGCACCGGCUACUUUCCCGUCUCUUAUGUCCAAGUCGUCGUCCCGCUGCCGUAAGCGGCAACGAAUCCCGCAACACAUCACGGUAAACAGAAGAAGUAAGCGCAAGCGAAUAGCUCUAGAAUUAUUACUAUUAUCGUGCAAGGAUGAGGAGGAGGAGAAGGGGCAUCCUUGAACGAAGAGCGCUAAAAAUGAUUAUUCUGAUGAUAUUCAGUCACUGUUAUUAUUAUACUAAUUAUUAAUUAUUGAACGUCUACAUCGUAAUUAUUGUAUAAUAUACUAUAUCUAUCUAUUGUUUCUCCUGCCGCUUGCAUUCUUGCAUAUAUAGUGUUCUAUAGUUGUUGAUAUUUAAAUUAUUAAUGAUACCCAGAUACACAAACAAAUAUUACACGGAGUACUUCUGUUUGAGUAGUACUGUAAGUUUACUGAUAUUAUAUAAAUGUGUGUGACUAAAUUUCAAUUGCUUGUGAUGAAAUAAAUAUCGGAGUAGAGAUGGUGUGAUUAGGAAUGUCUAGUGAGAAAUGUUGAAGGUUUAAUAUUCUUAUUGUAUACGUUCUGUGUACAGUAAAUUGUUCCAGUUCCAAUCACGUGACUAGUGUAAAAUGUUCCCAUGGAACGCCAUUUCAAAAUCGUUGGUUCAAGCUUUUGGCACGCACUUAUAAAGUUGAUUUACACCAAAAUGAGUCGUUCACUAGCUGCGUGAAUGAAGGAAGGCUGUUUUACAAACUUACCGUCUAGAAAAGUGUGAAUUUCUUUCAUUCCAUUACUCUCAAAUUUUCUAUAGAGAAAAAUUCAUUUAACGAAUGGUUAUCAAACAUAAUUUUGUUGGUUAUGUAUUCUAUGGCUAUGCUAUGGUAAGCAAGCUAUCAGCGCAUGCGCAGCCGCAGAGAAGCAGAGACUACAAAAUUCAAUCGACCAAUGAGAGCUCGGAUAUUUGGAACUGUACCUAGUUGGAACAAUUUACCAGGCUUCGACUGUGGGGCAGGAACUUGGAACUGGAACUGGUUUCUGGUACAGAAUCUGUCAAAAUUCUUCCCAUGGGACGAGGAACUUUUCACCUGGUAAAUUGUGAAUCGGACAAUUUACCACAUUCUAUGUACACAGAACGGGCCCAAUUAAUUCAUUCUUAUUAGUACAGCUUUCUCAUUCAAUUCUAUGCUAAAAGCUUUGGCUUUUGCCUAAUUUUGAAAGUUUUGAGAGUUAAUCGACUUGUUCCUGAUUUUUAUUCAAUUAUUGUAGUUUCUUAUCAGAGGAAACUACAGUUUUUAUACUCUAAUAAUUGAUGUAACUUCCGACUUGAAAUACAUUGUAUUACCUAUCUUAUACAUGUUACACCAAGUCAGUAUAAUUUACAUCAUAAAGAGUAUAGUAGAUAGUAAAACAGAGUUAUUAUUAAACUGUUGUCAAAAUAAGAAAACGUACAGUUGUCUCUCAAUGUAUAAAAAAUGAUUAAAAUUCUUAUUGUGUACUGUAAUUUUUCUUGAUUUUUUUUCAAUUCAUAAAAAUAUUAUUCUCAACCACAUUCUUUCUCCAGAAUCAUUUUUUGCCAGGUUUUAAUUUUACAUUCACGUUCCACUAAGACAUUCGUAACUCACAGAAAGUUUCCGCUCUAUUGAUAAAAUCCAAAUAGUUUUUACUGUGAACUCCAUAAUAAUCGUUAUUAUUAUCUUACCGUACAAUUGAUAAUUAGUCAGAAUAAUAGCCUAAGUAAUAAAAAUUUUGACAUUAUUAUAUAAAUUCCAGUCAAAUAAUAAAACAAUAGAAUAACUGUUGGAUCAACAGGAGAAAUACUGAGGAAAAACCGAUUGCUGUCUUAAUAAAUGUAAUUAUGAUGAUACUAUUAUCAUGUUAGAUAAUUAUAUGUAAGCUAUUCAAUUAUAAUACUCUCACAAAAAGCAUCCAAAAUCGACUGUCAAUUCUUUAAAUAAUGAUAAACAAAGCAUUAUUAAAUAUCACGUAAAGUUUUCGUAAGCAGUUGAAUAAAAUAUCAGCUUAACAUUUAUUUCAUCGUGGAUUGCAGCAUAAAUUUACAGUUUAAUAAUUCAAAAGCAAGUGUUUAGUUUUUUUAAUUCCAGCAGAAUUUAUUAGAAGUAACAUUUUAAACUCACUGGCUUUGCCAAAAUUGUUGUUAUGAUACUAUACUGAACGAUAUUUUUUCUAGGUAACUGAAUAUUUGAUUGCUGAUUGUUUAACUGGUUCAAUACGUUUGUUUCUACUGUAUUUUAAUUAUUCUUAAUGUUAUUUUAUUGUUUUAAUCUUUUAUGAAGCUUGAUUUGAUGAUCUGUUUUAAAUAGCUGGAAUUUAAAGUUUCCAAUAAAUUUUACGUCUUGAGUUUUGUUAUAGUGGUAUCAGUGACUGUAUUUAUUGUUUUUUGACUCUCGCUUCAUCAAGCUAACUUUUUAAUUUCUGAUGGACUCCAAUAAUCUGAAUUCCAAAAUCCAAAUAUCUGAAGGUCUUUCAACAAUCCUUCUCAUAGCUUACAGCUAUGCUUAUAGUAUUAAUUUGUCAAUUCUUUUAUUAUUUAAUCUAAGCGUCUAGCAAAUCAGAUGAUUUAAUUUCAUCAAUUGACUUGAUACACUUGAGUUUUUUCAAUGGAUUUUUAACUAGUUAUGGAGAAUUUAGUUUGAGACUGUUAAUUUACCUGAAAAUUUUAAUUCCACAUCACUCUUUUUAUUCAAAUAUUGACAGAGUUAAUAAAAACAAUAUAAAAACCUUGUAGUACCCUUUAUUAUUAAAAACUUUUAAUAUUUCAAUGACUAGUUUCGACCCUAACUUAGGUCAUUUUAAAGUUUUUAAUAAUAAAGGGUACUACAAGUUUUUUAUAUUGUUUUUAUUAAUUUGUUGUUUUAAGUAGCCCAUUUAAGUAAAAUGUUUUUAUUGACAGAGUUCUUUCCUAUAAACUAUGAUGUAUUCCAAUAUUCGAGUUGAAAUGAUCCGAGUAUUUCAUAUUAAGUUGACUAGUUUUCAAUUAGUUUUAAUUUAUACUCUUCCACAUGGUAUUCUCUUAUGGAAAAUUCUCGUUUUCUUCGACAAGUUUAUUGAGAAAAUAGGAAAUAUCAAAGAUAUCGUUAAAAUUUGAUACGUUUGGAAAUAUCUUGGAAAGAUAAUACAUUUAUAAAUGUUCUAUCCAUAAAUAUCACCGUUCGACAUGGUAUCAACAAUACUUGAAAAAAGUCUUAGCAGAUCCAAAGCAUAUGAAGCUAUUUCUUUUUAGCAAAUUCACAUCUGUGCUAGAUAUUAUGACAUGCUAUCUAGACGUGCUAGUCUAUAAUGAGAGUCACAUUCUAAAGUUAAAACAUCCGAUUAACAUUGGUUCGCUCACUUUGUCAGUCAUUAGACAAAUUAUUAAAUCAUUGAAAAUAUAUGCUAUUGAUCAAUGAAAUGUAUUAUUGGAAAUAGAAAUAUCAACAAUAAUUGAUUGUCAGAUGCACGGGAUCACAACUAUCAUCUUUAAUAAGAAGAAAAUUUACUAGAACAACUUUUAUUAGAAGAAAAUUUACAAUAAUCCUUUAAUAAUAUUCCUUUGGAAAAGGAAUCGUGGCAACUAUGCUCUCCUAUGAAAUCUAACGACUUUGAAACGUGAAUAAAAUUUUUAUUCUGGAUUUUCAACAGUCUCAGAAAAAUCUUAAUAUUCAUCAAUGAAUGGUACAGGAUCUGAGCUAUUUGCUCAACUGAAUCAUAAUAAAAUACUGAAUGUUAUGAGUGAAUUAAUCUUGCCAAUAUAUUUAUCCAGAAUAAAAUAUUUGGAUUAGUAUAUUUUAAUAAUUAUAAUAUUGUGAGAAUUAUUCAGCGAAAUAUCUCAAAAAAAUUUGAAAUGGUAUUUCCAAUUAAAUUAUAAUUUUAUUGUUGUUAGACUUAUUGAGUGAAUUAUGAAGAAGUGAUCUUCGUAAGAUUAAUUUGAUAAAAUAACAACUAUUUUUUUGUAGAUUGUUUUCGGUUACUGAACUUCCUUCUUUUUACUGUUUAUUAUAAUAUUAUCGCCGGUUUUACAUAGUAAAUUUUGGUACUCGUGUGUUGAAAAUCAACUCACUGAUAAAUAUUUUGAGUAGACGAUCCUGAUCUUUAUUCAUUGUUUCAAACAUUUACUUCCAUAAUAUCUUCUUAUCCAGAUUUGUUUUUUAUAGAUCAUUUAUAUAGUCACAACGAAUAAAUUUGUGAAAUUCAUUCACAAUAUUAUUCUAUUCAAUCCUUUAACCAUAUUCCCCGCCAAAAAUGUUUCAAUUAUUGUAAAAAAGAUUAAUAAGUUAGCAAGAAAAUAUGUACAUUUGCAUAGAUUUAGUCUAGGUAUAUUUUGUUGCCAUUGCUAUUGAAAGAAAUUUAGUGGUAGUUAUUUAUCAAUCAUUGAAAAUGUUUUUCUGAGAAAAUUGUGUUGAUUGUUUUAAAGUAAAUAUUUUAUGCUAGUCGCAAUUGAUAUUUGUAUAAAAUAAAUAUUGUAUAAUUAUCUGUAAUAAAGUAUUGUUGCUGAAACAAAAUA